GUCAGAGCUGAAGUGAAUGCAGAGAGAGAGAGGAGGGGAAAGCAGAGCUCAAGCGAAAGAAGGUUAGCCAGCAGCGAGUUAAGAAAAUGGCGAUCAUGCAGGACGAAUGCCUCCCCUCGUAGAUGCUGCAAACGCGUUGAAAUUCUUUUAGCCUUACAGCCGGCUUUCCUUUCCACUCUGUUGCACUUUAUACUUCAAUGAGAGAUUCGGAAUUGAAAGCUGUUGCCACCAAAGAAGCUGAAGCAUCGUAACAGGGAACAUACCCAUAGAGGGAAGAACAGUGGAUGGAAGAGAGAGAAAGACGGAGAGUGUGACGAGGACGGAGGAUAAGAAGAUACAGGGCUGGUCAAAAGUGCCAGAGCAUACCAAGUCAAGGCAGAGUCCUAAAUCUAAACCACAUCCCCCCCUUCCCCUCUCCCCACACAUACACACACAGACACACUCACAUACAGUCCUCAGCAAUGCCAAGGGGGCCUGAUCAGCCUGCUGCCCGCUCUGACAAGUCCUGCCUCUUCACGUCACACCCUUGAGGCUGUGCCCUCUGAGCUUUGACCUUUGACCUCCCCUUUGUCGACCUGGGAACCAGAGGUCACCUGUUCUCCACUCAGCCAGGGGACGCCCUCCUGCCCAGCCAGGAGCCGCAAGCCGCACUCACAGGCAUGGCUCCCAUUCGGGAUUCCGUCAGCCACUCCCCUAAUCAAACAGGUCUGGAGCAUCCUGGCUUGGACUUGCAGUAUGAGCCUUCCCCCUGGUCCUCUGGCUCUCCCUGCAGCAGUGACAGCAACAGCAACUGGGGCAAAGUCCUAGUGGACGGAAGCACCGACAAACCCAACAACCCCUCUUCAACCAACUCUUCCGUCUGGCCUCCCUCCUCUUCUUCAUUCUCUUGCUCCUCGUCUUCUUCCUCCUCUGGCUGCGGGUCAGGAUCAGACCCUGAGCUGGCAUCAGAAUGCAUGGACGCAGACUCUAGCUCCUCGAUCGGCUCAGAGAAAAACCUCGCCGCUGUGACAACAGUGAUGAUGAUGUCAGCAAAUGCUUCUCCCUCUGUGUCUUCUACAGCAUCUUCUCCCUCCUCCUCUAUGGUGACUUCUGCCAUGAUGGUCAGCGUUUCAGUGAAUGGAGACAGCAACGGCAACGCUCGUCAGGUAAUUGGCGGAGGGAUGGGAACCAUCAGCGGUGCAAGUAAUGGAAAUAAUAACGUCACCGGGUCCUCCCACUACUCCGUGGCUGGGUCCAGCAGUAUUGGCAGCAAUAACAUGGGUAACCACAACAACAAGCCCGUCAAUAAUAGUGGUGUAUGGGGCAGCAACAUGGGCACCACUGGUGGAAGCACCCCCUGCAUUAAUGGAGGGUUAAACCCAAACACUUUAAACCCAAAUGCCAACCACGGUGCCUGGCCGCAGAGUUCAACCCCAAGCCCAGUGCCCCAGGGCCAACGGCCUACACAGGCUGCGGGGAUGGGUUCCAAACUGGGUAUAGCCCCCCAACAGGCCCCCACGCUGGGCUGGGGUGGCAUGGCAGCUCCAAACAACAGCAGUAUGAUGGAAGACACUGAGGUGAAUAAUGGUACAGCAAGCAGCAAGGUGUUAGGAAGCAGCAACAGUGGAAAUGGUGGCCUACAGCCUACCAACCUUAACACUGAAUCCAAUGGACCAAAUAACACUAUUAUGAUGAAUACUACUACUACUACUACUAACGCCACAAUGACCUCUAGUCCACCAAACUCUACCGCCUCACCCCCACUCAGCGGGGAUUGUUCCUGGGGCUCUAUUGGAGGAGGGAAUGGGGGUCCGCUGGCCAAUGGAAACCCCUCAUCAGCUCCUCAGCACCCCCAAGGAGAGCUGGGGGGUCCUGGGGCCUUCGGUACGCCUUGGGGCGCAACUACCUACCCUGGAGACAAGGGCCCCCCAAAUGCAGACACUGUGAACCCCCAAAACCCUGCCUUAAUGCAGGCUGGGAACCCCCAAAUCUCCUCUACUGCUGCUUACAAGAGUAAUAAUAACCACAAUAACACUGGGGCCCCACGCUGGGACCAGGGGCCCGCCAAUAACCCAAACCAGCCUCAGGGCAACUUGUCCUGGGGUAUCGGCUCAAAUCAACUCCCAGGCUCUGCAGGCCAAACACCAGGCAAUGGGAACCAAACUACGAUGGGCCCUCCAGCAGGGAUACCUCGCCCCUGGGGUAGCAGCGCGUCGUCUUCUUCCUCGUCCUCAUCGUCCUCUUCCACAUCUAACAACAAGAUGUCAAAUGGAGAAUGGGGAUCAACAGCUCCUGGUAACAACCAUUCAGAUGCUGGAAGUCAUAAAGGAAGCUCUGCCAACAAUGGCUGGAAGAGCCUGGAGGAUGACGCCAUGGGCAUGGGAGGUGGAGGGGGAGGAGGUGGAAGCCAUGGCUUGGGGAGUGUCACUGGUGGUUGGGGUCGCUCUGGAGGAAGUGAGGGAAGCGGAGAGAGCUCCGGAGGCCGAUCCAGCUCAGACAGAGACAGCCAGUCAAAAGGGGGGAAUCGCAGAAAAGUUAACCAUCCUGUACCCCUAGCUGUGUGUCGGACGGAUGUGGACCCGAGGGUUCUGUCCAACACUGGAUGGGGACAGACGCCCAUACGGCAGAACACCUCCUGGGAUGUCAACUCUCCAGUUAACAAACAGCUCCAAGGUCCCAGAGACGAAAGAAAGCAUAGCAGCGGAGGCUCCGGAUGGGGCGCACCAACACCGGCAGCUCCUUCCCAGACCUCUGGAGGUUGGGGGGGUGGGCCGAGCAGCUCAGGCCCAGGUACAGGAGGUUCUGGCUGGGGGGACCGGCCAGCCUCUGGGUGGGACAGCAAAGGCCCAGCGAGCGGAGGAGGCGGGCAGAGUGGCUGGGACGAUGGAUCCAGCUACAAGGGGAGCAACAACAGCAGCAACACCUGGAGCAAUAACAUUAACAAAGAUGACAGGUCCAAUACAUGGACUAAUGCUCCCAAGCCUCAGCAGGGCUGGGGUUCCAGUAGUGGAAAUGGAAGUGAAGGUUGGGGUAAUGGAGAUGGUGCCAGAGCAGGGGGCAGCAACCAUUGGGGGGAGCCCCAAAAAGGUGCCAGCUCAGCGGGCUGGGACAGCGACAGCGACCGGUCAGGCUCUGGAUGUUGGAGCGAGCCAAGCCGAACCAACACCAGCAGCAGCAACACUUGGGUGGGGAGCGGAGGAUCAAAUACUCCAGACCAGAGCACUCCGAACCCAGGCUCCAACUGGGGCGACUCGGUCCACAAACCCAACCCUCAGAGUAACAGCCAGGGCUGGGGUGAGCCAAUGAAGAACAACCACGGAGCCCAGAACUGGGGUGAGCCAAAUCCCAAACCCUCCAGCGAGUGGGGAAAAGGUCCUGAAUCCAACAUGUCCAGAGGCAGUCAAGCUCCUAACAAGCCAACAGGCUGGCUGGGAGGCCCCAUGCCCACAGUAGGUCAGAAGGAGGAAGUGGCAACAGGGUGGGAAGAGCCUUCUCCAGAGUCCAUUCGCCGAAGGAUGGAGAUCGAUGAUGGGACAGGAGCUUGGGGAGACCCUGGUAAAUACAGCGGUGGAUCUGUCAACAUGUGGAACAGGACUGGCCAAUCCGACCAGGAGGCUGUGGGUCCAUCCUCUCAGCACCAGUCCCACUCAGCUCGCAGCUCGAUGCAUCCUCCUCAGCCCAUUCAGCCUAUGGCACAGGACAAAAGCUGCAGUUCUGGUUGGGGUGACCCUUACCCUCAGAAGAAAGAGUCCUCCACGUGGGAGCCUCCCGCCACUCCACCUGUGAAAGUGGACAAUGGAACGUCUGCCUGGGGGAAACCCAUGGACACCAGCUCCAGCUGGGAUGAGCCCAGCAGAGAUAACAGAGAGUCUGGGUCUGGAUGGGGCAAGCCUGCUCCAGGUCCCAAGCCCAUGGAGACAUGGGGUGGUGAGGAGGCGUCCAUGGGCAAUAGCUGGGACCAGGAAGAGGAGGUGGAGAUCGGCAUGUGGAACAACAGCCAACAGGACAGCAGAUCCCACGACCAAAACACCUGGAACUACAAGCAUAAAGGCUCCAACAAGAUGAACAAACCAGUCAACAAACAGGAUGAACCCUGGAUGAAACCCUUCAUCAACCAGUUCAACAGCAUGAACUUCUCUAGAGACUCUCCUGACGACUCCAUGAAGACAGGAGCAGGGAUGGUGCAGGACAAGCGCAUGGACAUGGGCAGCAUGGGAGACUUCAAUGGAGUGAUGGGGAAGAACCCUGGGUCUCGUCACCAGCUCCACAAGGAGUCUGCCAUGGAUCGCAGCCCUUACUAUGACAAGAAUGUAAACCCUAUGAUGGGUGGCAGCAGCGUAGCACAGGGCCGAGGUGGCCUCCAGUCCCAGGCCCCACCCCAACCCAACCCCCGUAACCAAGUGCCUCCACCCAUCCUGCCCUCUCAGGUCCCUCCAUCCCUGUUGAAGUACCCAGGAGGUAACGGAGGUCUGAACCCUCUGUUCAGCCCUCAGCAGGUGGCUAUGCUCAACCAACUGUCCCAGCUUAACCAGCUGUCGCAGCUCAACCAGAUCAACCAGUUACAGCGUCUUCUCUUCCAGCAGCAGCAGCAGCAACAGCAGAAAGCUCAGAGCCAGAGAGCCAUGCCUGUGGGACGACCGACUGAACAGACACGUCCUAUUGGUUCGUCUCCAUCAAUGAUGCAGCCGCCGCGGCACCUGGACCCCUCCCUGCUGAAACAGGCCCCACCCCACAAACCAUACCUGGAUAACUACUUGUCCCACAAUAACCCAGAGAUGCAGAAGGAUGCUGCUGCUCUCGGAUCCUUCAGCAACUUCCCUUUAAGCUUGAACUCUAACCUGAAUGUAUCCCUGGACAUGGGUGUCGGUGGAGGUAGUGGUGGUGGAGCUGUGAGCUACAAAGAGCCGCCCCAGUCCAGACUGAAGAAACUUUGGGCUACUGACCCUCUGGAGCAGAACAGCAAACCUGGUGCUAUGUCGUCUGGGCUGCGUCUGGAGGACUCUCCCUUCUAUGACUUCCUGUCUCCUGGCCCAUCUCCCCUGAGUCCUCCCGGCCAAUCAAUGGGCUCGGUGGGCGAUGGCUGGCCGCCCCGUGCCAACUCCCCCCCGCCCCAUGGAAACACUGUCACCUGGCCCCCAGAGUUCCGGCCCGGGGAGCCUUGGAAAGGUUACCCCAACAUUGACCCUGAGACUGACCCUUAUGUGACCCCCGGCAGUGUCAUCAACACCCUCUCCAUCAACACCGUCCGCGACACAGACCACCUCAGGGACAGGAACAACGGGCCAUCCUCAUCACUGAACACCACGAUGCCUUCUAACAGUGCCUGGUCAUCCAUUCGUGCCUCCAGCCACAGCGGUUCCCUCACCAGUACAGCACAAAGCACUUCAGCCAGACCCAGCGAGUCAAAGUGGUCUCCCGGCGGCGUUUCUGUGUCCACCCCCUCCCUGGCCCAUGAGCUGUGGAAGGUCCCCCUGCCUCCCAAGGCGCUGUCUGUGGCCGCCCCCUCCAGACCACCACCCGGCCUCACCAGCCAGAAGCCCAGCUCUGCCUCCUCCGGCUGGGACGGCUCUGCCCUGAGGCUGGGGGGUUGGGGCUCCACUGAGUCCAGAUACACACCUGGUUCCAGUUGGGGUGACAGCAGCAGCUCAGGGAGAACCCAAUGGCUUGUUCUAAAAAAUCUCACACCUCAGAUUGACGGCUCUACCCUGAGGACCUUGUGCAUGCAGCACGGCCCUCUGAUCACAUUCCACCUCAACCUGCCGCAUGGUAAUGCUGUGGUAUGCUACAGCUCCAAGGAUGAGGCCGCGAAGGCCCAGAAGAGCCUGCACAUGUGUGUUUUGGGGAACACUACUAUUCUGGCUGAGUUUGCCAGCGAGGAGGAAAUCAACCGUUUCUUUGCACAAGGGCAGUCAUUGGCCACUCCCUCCUCCGGCUGGCAGGCCAUCGGCUCCUCUCAGAGCAGAAUGGAUCAGUCUCACCCCUUUCCCAGCCGCGCUCCUGAACCCAACCAGUGGAACAGCAGCGAUCUCCACGGCUCCUCCCUCUGGGGCGGGCCCAACUAUUCCAGUAGCCUGUGGGGGAGCCCCAGCGGCACCGAGGCAGGGAGGAUCAGCAGCCCUUCUCCAAUCAGCUCCUUCCUCCCGGUGGAUCACCUGACAGGCGGCGGGGACUCCAUGUGAGCCGCCUGCCAAUCAAACAGGCUGGAGGAAGGGUCAGUAGAGAAUUAUCAAUAAUCAGCAGAAGAAAGUGAAAAAAAAAAAGUAGUUAUAAACGCAAUGGCACUAGUUGGACUCUUUCUCACUUACAAGAUAUACAACAAAACGGGGUCUCCCCUGUGGAAAACAAGUUACGUUUCUCUCUCUGCACAUAUGUCCACUUUGUUUUAGCCCAAAAACAUAUCAGUCGGAAUACUUGAAUCAUGCAGGCCAAUUCUAUAAUGUGAACGGAUGGAUAUUUGCUUCCAGGUAGUGCUCUUUCAGACCGAAAAAAGCUUCAAUCGAGCUCAUUAUUAUUAUAUAUAUAUUUUUGUUUCAUUCGUCAUGUUUAUUUGAAUUCCAAUUCUUUUCAUUUUUAACGUUUUCUUUUUUUUUUUUUUUUUUUGCAUUUGUUUGCUGACAAUGUUGGAGUAUGAGCUUUUUUAACUUUGCACUGAAUGUGGUUUUUCUCAGUAUAUAUAAUCUGCAAUAUAGAGGGAGCAGCCAGUUUUUCCAGUGUAGCUGUUUACUCAUUGAGGUCCUUACCGUGUGAGUGUGUGUUUGUGUGUAUGCGUGUGCACGCGCACGUAUGUAUGGAAGUACUUUGUGUGUGUGUGACUGCGUGUGUGAAUGAGUAUGUGUGCGCUCCUCUCUGCCUUGGCACGCCUACCUUACUGCGUUGUCGUGGAGUUCAAGAUCAACAGAUAGUUAAAGAAGAAUAAAAGCUGACUUAGGAGGAUUAUCUGGUGAUAGUAAAAGUGACAUUAAAAAGUAUUGCACCAAUUUUGUUUUAAAACUAAAGAACGUUGAGCUCUGCAGUGCAAAGGACUGUAGCCGCAGCUGGGACUAGCAAGCCCCGUCCACCCUAAUGUAGGGGGCGGGGCCUAUCUAGCAAGCCCUCCCACGUGCCCCCUAGUGGGCAGAGGGGGGAACAGCACUUUCAGAAUAGGCUUUCAAUGUUUUGGAGGUGCCACACUGCAACCUCUUGUUUACAAGACUUAGGAGGCGGAACGUGUGUUCAUUCUUCAUUUUAAAGAGAUGGAAUAAAAUGAAAAAAAAAAUACUCAAAAAAAAAUUAAAAAACAAUAUAAAAAAACUUGAAAAAAUCUAUAAAACAAAUAAAAAGUGAAAAAAAAAAAUUAAAACUCUUAUUGAGGAUGAAGACGAUGCUUUGUAACUCUGGGAAUUCGGAUCAGUGUUUUUGGCCAUGGCGUUGGUUAUUUGAACUAUUCCUCUUUGUCUGCUAAAUAACCAGCAAUGGUUCUCAGGAAAUCAAGCCAGUUUUCCCCCCCUUGUAGGUGAAUUAAAAAAAAAAAACUACUACUCCUUGUAGGAAAGGAAAAUCCAACUUCUAGCACUGAAAACUAUGUAUAGGUCUGUAAGUUUUAUUUUCUCUGCCAAAUAACUGCUUUAAGCUGGAGAAGCUCAACACACUGCUUUCAAUAUGCUGUCUUUUGAGGGACGGGGGGGUCCUAAUGUGGGGGGGUGGAGGACGGGCUGUAGAAAUCCCAACGCUCCCUCUCUCCUCCUCUUCCUCCUCUCCUCCACUCCACUGAUGUAAAAAAAACAAAAGUGGGGAGUGUUUAUUGUGUGAGUGUGUGACUGUGUCAGUGGAAAAUGUUCUGUCUUGUCAGACUUAUAAACCAAGAGAAAGGCGAAUCUGUAUCUAUGCAUACUGUAGCCUCUCACAUGGCCUACCGAGAGGCGUUUUUUUUUUUUCUUCCCGUGUCUCACAAAAUGUUUUAAAUGUUUCAUUGAGUACAACAAAAUAUUACUUGCUUUUUUUUUUUUUAAUCGCUCUCAUUGCCACAAAUGGUGUUUUGAAAAAAGGAAAGAAGAAAAAACUUUAAAAAUCUCUUUUUUUUGGUUGAAGAUAAUAUUUUAACAGUGCAAAAGUCGUCCACAUUUCAUUGCCUUGAUCCUAAUUGUGUCCGAAGAUGCAACAACAAGUCAAGUGGCUUCUACCUGUUUACAAAUAGAAUAUGAUUGUAUUGUUGUACUGUUUUUUUUUUUUGUUUUUUUUUUUCCUUCCUUUUGGGUCGGGGAGGGAGGGAGGGGGGUGCUCAUCUGAAGUUCCUGAUCUGAUGAAUUGUGUGUGUGUGUGUGUGUGUGUGUGUGUGUGUGUGUGUGGAUGCUCUGCACCGGCAUAUGUGAGUUGUACCGCUGGAGGGGAAGGUGUCGGGGUUGUGUGCGAGAACAGCGUGAAUGUAAAUCCACCAGUGGCGUUUUUUGUUGACAAAAUACACGUGUGAAUAACAGAUUUACCAAUCUACCAGUGAUUGUUUAUGAUGCACAACUAUCGGGGAAAAACAAAAAGCUUCAGAGAGUGCGUGAACGAGAAGUCAGCAUUAGCGAAGCCAUGGACCUUAAUUUCUUUUCUUCAUCGUGUUAUUAUUCUGUGUUAAGCCUGUGUGUGUGUGUGUGUGUGUGUGUGUGUGUUUUCCCCCUCAGAUAUAGGUUUUUAUUUCAGAAGUACUAGAAACGUCGGCUUAAGUUGUGUUUUUAAGUUUAGUCGUGAAUAUUUAACAACUUCAAAGCAAACGUAGUGAGACAGAAACCUUGAGUAUUAGCCAGACUUGACAGUGGUGUGUGCCAGUAUUGAACUGCUCUCUACCAAAUAAUUCAAUCGUACAAAAGAUUAGUUUACUUAAUUCCAGAUCUCUUUGCUUAAACUAUAUAGAUAUAUAUAUAUAUGUAUAUAUAUCUCUUAUUUGUAUUUGUUUUGUUUAACAAAUGUUAUCAAGUGGAACAUCUGAACCAUGUUUGUCAUGUCUUUUUUUUUUUUUUUUUUUGAGUUAACUUAAUUUGACAAAUUGAACUGAGGAGCCUUGGAUUUUGCACUUGGUGUGGAUUAGAGGAAAAGCCGAGCAACGGAGAGCAAAGCUUGAAAACAGAGGGUCGGACAGACGGCUUGGCGGUGUAGUUUGGACUUUCAGGUCUGUCUGAAGGAGGAGGUGUGUCUGUGAGAGUAUUGUGACAGGGUAAUGUGUGUGUGUGUGUGUGUGUGUGUGUGUGUGUGUGUGCGCGCUGUGACUAGAGAAGAUGGUGCUUUGUUGGCCCCGGUGAAGGGAGCGAGAGAAGAGGGAGGGGGCUUUGUCAUCCUCCUCUCCAGGUUUACCUCUCCCUGUUCACUGGGCCGGCUGGUCAGAGCGGCGACCUCGCCACGCCGCCUGAACUGAGCCAGAAUGUAGCUGAAAACGGUUUUAAAAAGUAUAAACGAUGACCGGAGCCUUGAUCUGCCUUCUCUGGCACCUGAUCAGCCUCAAACAUGGAACCACCCUAGGGCUGGGUAUCGUUUAAAAAUAUCAGUACCAACACCAAUGAAGUGAUAACAGUAGGGUACUUCAUUUAACACCCACAAUGUGAAUGGAGUGGUGUGUAGUGUAGUCAAACCUUUAAACAUUUUGCGGCAUCUUGGCACACUGAACUGCCGUCAAUACACCGCAGUUGACUUCACGUCACAGACUGGGUUGUAGCUUCAGCUGUGGGAAUGCAAACUCUGCGCCGGGUGCAUAUACGUGCAUCCACUCUGCCCCAAGCACACAGUGACAGCGCUAACUGUUAGCAACACAUGGCUAGUGUUACCUAAACGUUAUUAAAGGAUUUAAUGGCAGAGUCAAGCUGUUCUGGUGUCGGCUUAACCGUUGACAUCCCUAGAAUAUUUUAACUGGUCACGUAUGUCGGUUUAUAGAUUAAUUUUACUCCACUUCACUGCACUGCGCGCCACCCAGGUCUGGUGAUGGUUAGCUAGUGGCGCCGCUCAUUCUGUGAUUACCGCCAGUAAUGCCUCAUGAAACAGUGCUAACUUGUGUCUGUCAUAACCAGCCACAUGGCUUAAAAUUUUUAAAAUUUGUGUUUCUUGUUAUGGUUGUUACUGCAUCAUGUAUUUUCCUGAUUUAGCUCUGUUAGCAUCAUUAGCAGCGUCAGCAUGGCUAGUGGUGCUAACAUAAUUAACAGUCCUAAAGGGGUUUUGCGGCUCAAAUUGAAGCUGUUAACUCAGUGGGGCUACCUGGGAGGAGGCUGGAGGGUAGCCACCAUGUUUCCGCAGCAAUGUUGCUAGUUAGCUAGCUCCCACCCGACCCACUUGUUGCACAGUGCAGUGUGGCCAAGACUCAUGUUAGCUAGCCAGUGGAAACCAGAGGCUGGGCAGUUUGCACCAUGUUUACCUCUACAUGGAUAGUGCUUUGAAAUGUGGCGGUGAAGCUCACCGAGUCAGCCAGUUAGUUAGCGGUUGAUGCGUGUUGAGCUAUUGAAAGCAAAAUUACCCACAACUGACAUCUGUAGUGUCUAUGUGACGUUUUUUGGGACUGUUAAACAGCUUAGGUGUUAGGUAGUACUAAAUGGGCCGACAAGAGAACAGCAGCUCUGGUAAUGGCAGCAACAGAAAGUUUGGCAGUCUGGCGGGGAUUUUGGAUGGUCCAGGAUUAGACCCUGACGCAAAAAAAAUGCAGGGAUCAGCUGACUGGAGACGUUUUAAAACUCCUUGGCACUGAUUUAUUUCGAUCAAUACCCAGCCCUAGAACCACCGCACGGACAAAUCGAGUGACGCAACCACUGCUCGUUGUAUUUGUAUUUGAAUCAGUAUUGGAUUGCUGCUCCGACCGCGCCUGAUUGUCAUGAUGAUCGCUAGCUUGACUGAAAACGAGGCAAGGCUUCUUGUUGGCUCGUAGUGACUCAGGCCAAGGGGAUAUGACUUGUGAUCGGCUGGUUCUUCCUGGCUUUUCAGGGACACAGGGUUACACUUGCCUCUUUUGCCGGCUCAUCCAGGAUCAGCUCUCCCUCCUCCGACUCCUAAGCUUAACUACAGGAGAGGAGACACAAAACUGACAGGAGGUCAGGGGCAGGUGAACUCUUUUAAUAGUCGAUAUUCCCUUUCCGCUCUUGAUGGAAUUAUUUUACACUUCGUUCAUUCUGAUUUUGGCAAUGCUUCUCUCCAAGCGCUGAUUUCGGGGUGCAGUUUGGUCCCUCAUCAGUAUGCUUACCUUAACCAAUUAGCGGGACGAAAACUGACCCUGAUCAGCGGCUCAGGAGGCUCUGCUGUUAGAGAAGGGACAAGCAACGUCUGUAAACGCCUCUCAUUGAUGUUAAUGUUACUGUUUUGGUUCCCAGCUUAAUCUCGCUCUGUUUCUGUCUCGUCCAAUCUACUGUUAGUGUGUGUGCAUGCGUGUGGGAAGAUGCCCAGUCUUGUGCGGAAACUGUGUGUGUAUGUCUGAACACAUUAUCAUGCCAAAUCGAGGAGGGAGGGUGAGAGGGAAGGAAAGGGAUUGAUAAUUUUCUUUUUUUUGUGGUUGUUGUUGUUGUGUAUGUGUGUGUACGUGUAUUUAAAAAGCUGGACAAUGUUAAAUGCUUGAAGAAAAAAAAUGUCAUUUGCAAAAAGGACGAUGUGAGGAAAAAUCUUUCAGUAAGUGAAAACCACCACGAGCAAUGUACAAUCCCCAGGGCUGCCAAGCAGCUUCCCGACAGGGCCAGACGAAGGGGGGAGGAAAGAAGGAAGGAUAGUAAGGAAGGAGGGGUAGGAGAGGAGGGAAGCUGGCUGGUGAUACUCUACUACUUUUUAAAUGUGUAAGAAAAAAUAAUGUGACUCUUUUGUUUUUCUCUUGACUUAACUAUCCUGUGAGCAAAUGCUAUAUUAUAUCAUAACACACACCCGAUGGCUCCUACUGUCGAUCAACAGGUUUUUUUUUUUUUUUUUUU